UUCUCAUCUCCUUCGGAGCAGCUGGCAGUUUCUCUUCAGACUUGAUACAGCCUCUUGUUCUCCUAAAACAUCUGCAACAAUGGCAAAAUCUGGCCAGCUGGUGGCAGUGUUGAGCCUGUGUCUGCUGGCUGCUGUGGUGAACGCUCAGGACAACACACCUCCACCUCCUCCUAGUAUCGGAAAUCAGAUCUGCACAUUCUACACUCAGGGUGGGACCCUCCUUCUGGACGGGCCGAAGGUCUUUGAAAUGAUGCUGAUCGAGUUUGGAAGGGCAAUCCAGACCUUGACUCCAAUGGUGACUCAGCAAUGGAUAGACGAAGUAGAUGAUGAUCAUGACAAACGUCUCAACAUGGCAGAGUGUGCCAAACUCGUCCAGAGAGUCUCUGAUUCCAUUCAGAGGCCUCCUCCACAAUAAAGAAGACAUAUCGACUGGAUGAAGUUGCUUAUACAUGUACGGAAGUAUAUGUCAUAAAAAAAAAAAAAUGUCUCACAAACGCUUAUUUAGUAUGUAGGUCAAUAGUUUAAUCUCAUGUAGGCUAAUCUUUGACACACACUGCGAUGUAUCAUUAAAAUUUAAAUAAAGCAAUGAAUUGUUUGAUGAAUUACUUUAAAACCAGGAGUUAUCUUGUAAAAGUAUCUUUGGAAAAUGAAGAAAUAAAACUUGGUCAAAAACACA